AUGUCAUCUUCCUCUUCUGAUGUAAGCGAUGUUGAAUUUAAUGAAGAUGAAGAGUUUGGUUUAUCUCCUUUCAUGUUCGAACCGGAACGGAGUCAAAGUGAAGUGGCUGCAGCUUUAGAAGCUUUAGGAAACAACGUUGGUGCUAAAAACUGCAAUGUUGAAGCUGGAAAUCGUGUUGGAAAUGUUGAGUGGUGCCAGUGCAAAAAGUGUAAAAUUAUGGUCACUGAAACGGAAAGUUUAUGUUGUCGUGAUAAUAAUGAUAUUCCGGACGGUCAUUUUCAAGGUCAUACGUGUGUUACAAAUUCGGAUGAAUUCAAAAUGGUUUGUUUGCCGGAACCCGUGUUACGGACAGCACUAGAUCAUAUCGGUUUGCUGCUUAUAAACAAUAUAUAUGGUGGGUGUAUGGAAGACUGGGCAUAG